AAAGAGGGCUGUUGAAUGGUGCAGAUAAAGACGGGAAGCACAAGAAUGUUGUUGAUGCCCUUCAAGUGUUGACGAGAAUUGAGCUGUCACCUGAGCACCAUGAAUCUCCAUACUAUCAUGUCCUUGAACCAAAUGGAUAAUCUGAAGAAAGUGAUGCCAACCCAUUACUCUGUCCCCUCCCGGGUACCUAAUUUCUUGGGUGCUGAAUCAGUUGGUGAAUACUCAUUGUAUGGAAAAGAGUCACCUGCAGGUAUUCCUCCAUGUAUACAAAGAGAACAAGUCCUCAAUUCCCUUGAACAACUGAAUCUGUUUAAACACCAUAUUUUGAAUACAAGCCCUAUGUCCCACAAACCUUUCCCUAUGGGAUCUUAUGUCAUGAAUCCACAUGCCAUGUCUACCCAGUCUUCUAUGUUCCCUGCCGCUUUAUAUUCUCCAUCUUCGACCAGCUUUGAGACCCAUCAGCACCUUGGAAAUCCACUCUUUCUUCCACAAUACCCCCCGUGCGUUUCUCCUGCUAAUUCAUCAGAAUCUCCCCUGCUUUUGGGUGACGAUGUAGCUGAUAAAUAUGACAAAGAGAAUUCAGGGGACUUGAUGAAGGACUUCUUUGGCAUCCCGGAGGAAAGUUCUGAUCAAAGCUUGCAAGGUUUGGAUGCUGAGAAGGACAGUUUGACAUUAAUGGACCUGUUGGAUCUGCGAUAUUUGUCUGAAGAGCUAGACAUACCUGUAAGCAAGAAAGGGGAAAAUCCCAGUGUUGAUGAAAUAUGCCAAGCACCAAACUUUUCAUCAAUCCCACCCCAAAGCCAACCACACGCUUUGGUCCCGCCUAUGGAUAAUCAGGUUCCCGAGGCUGCAGCUGCCCAGAAGCAAAGAAUAAGGUGGACACCCGAGCUCCAUGAGCUUUUCUUAGAUGCAGUCAGCAAACUUGGUGGCCCUGACAAGGCAACUCCAAAGGGUAUAUUGAGGCUUAUGAAUGUUGAAGGUUUAAACAUAUGCCAUGUGAAGAGCCACUUGCAGAAAUACCGACUAGCCAAGGCUGUGCCAGAGAUGAAACAAGACAAGAAGGCUUCCAGCUCUGAAGAAAGGAAGGUAGCUACAAAGACUGAUGAGAGGGAGACGCCUAUAGAAAGGGCAAUGCAAGUCACAGAAGCUUUGCGCGUACAAGUCGAAGUUCAGAAAAUACUUCAUGAACAGCUCAAGCUUCAAAAGGCCCUCCAGCUCAAUUUGGAGCAAAACGGAGAGUACUUGCGAAGGAUUUUGGAAGAGCAACAUAAAGCUGGUGUGGCCUUGCCAUCAUUGAUGGGCUCCCAUUCGAACCCUCAACCGAUUCCUCUUUCUUCAACCGAUGGUGCAUCCUCACCAAAACAAUACGACUUUGAAGUUGACUGCUUUCCAUCUCUACUGUCAAAGCAUAAAGCCUCUCACACUACUGAAUCAGAGCAGCCAAGAUGUCAUAAAAAACCCCGGCGAUCAAGCAGUGUGGAAAUAAUUUGCAUCGAUUCUCCGGCCGAAAGUGUGGAAGGCUGAUAGUUCACUACCCAUAAAAUCUCUAUAUCAUGAUUGAAACCCUUUGUGAUUAUUUGCAAGUAUCGGCUUGUAUAUAUGCCUUUAUUCUGGAGCCAAGAAUCAGGAUUGCCUUGGGCUUCUUAUCCCUUUUGGCUGGAAUAUGCCAU